AUGAUCUUCCGCUCUGCAGUACCUGAUAUCGAAAUCCCAUCAUUGGGUGUCUACCAAUACGCAACGCGAAACGUAAACGGAAUUGAUGAUAACAAGCCAGUAUAUAUCGAUGCUGUGACUGGUGCCGAGUUGACAUUUGGUGCAUUAAAGAGAGACUCAAAGAGACUGGCAGCUGGAUUACAGGAUAAGCUCGAUUUGAAGAAGGGCGGUGUGGUAGCUAUACUAUCACCUAAUCAGGUCGACUAUGCCGUAGUCUUCUUUGGCGUAAUUGCAGCUGGUGGCAUCCCAACAUUGGCAAGUCCUCAGCAAACGCCGAAAGACUUUCAAGCUCAACUCUACGAUUCAACCGCCUCAAUCAUAAUUGUCCAUCCGCUCAUCUUGGCUACUGCUCUCGAAACAGCAAAAAACUGCAAGUUUCCUCUGUCAAAGAUUUUUCUUUUCGGUGGAAAAGAAAUAGACGGCAUUAGACCAUACACGGAUCUAUUGGGAGACCGAGAAGCCGAACCGGUUGUGUUUACGGAAAAAGAGCUUAAGGAACAGCCGGCGUUUUUGUGUUAUAGUUCAGGGACAACUGGGCGGCAGAAGGGAGUUAUGACAACACAUUACAACGCAGUUGCUAACUUUGAACAGUACAAGGCUGUUGAGGAAAUAAAAAUGCAUUCGGGUUUAGUUUUACUGGGGUUUUUGCCCUUUUUCCAUAUAUACGGAUUGAAUGCCUUUGUCAACACGUUUCUUUCACUAGGCGCUACCGUUGUGGUCAUCCCAAAGUUCGAUCUAACGCUCUUUUGCACAGUCAUCCAAAAAUACAAAGUCAACAUAGCUCACAUUGUUCCGCCUAUUGUAUUAUUGUUGACAAAGAGUCCGGUCGCAAGGACUUUUGACUUUUCGAGUGUGCAAGUAUUUAUAAGUGGUGCUGCACCGUUGAGCGAGUCCUUGGCAAACGAGUUUUAUGAUAUCUAUAAAGUACCUAUAAAGCAAGGAUAUGGUUUGACUGAGACAUCACCGGUUACUCAUCUUGGUAGCGGCUCAGAUCCAAUCUUUGGUUCAGUUGGGAAGCUUUGUCCGAACCUUGAGGCAAAGAUUAUAUCCGAAGAUGGCAAAGAGCUCGGAUAUAACAAACCUGGAGAAUUAUGCCUUCGUGGACCCAAUAUCAUGAAGGGUUAUUGGAAAAACAAGGAGGCGACAGACGCGUGUUUUGACAGCGAAGGAUUCUUUCAUACUGGCGAUAUUGCGAUCGUUGCAAAUGUUGUCUUUUCCUCUUUAUCGCGUCGACAGGAUGAGAAUGGAAAUUUCUUUAUCAUUGACCGCUUAAAAGAACUAAUCAAAUACAAAGGCUUCCAGGUUGCCCCAGCCGAGCUUGAAGCCCUUCUUUUAACUCAUAAAAGCAUAGCUGAUGCAGCCGUUAUUGGUGUUUGGUCAUACUCGGAAGCGACAGAGUAUCCUAUUGCAUACGUUCAAGUCAAACCAGGCAUCGAACAGACCGAUGAACUCAAGAGAGAUAUUCAAAAGUAUGUUGCAGAUAAUGCUGCACCAUACAAGAAGCUGCGUGGAGGUGUCGUUUUUAUUGAUCAAGUGCCGAAGAGCGCGUCAGGAAAAAUCUUGAGAAAAUUGUUGAGGAGCAAGAGCCAGUAUAAAUUAUAG